UUUGGGGGAGUGCAUAUAAUCAACAUAUUAUCGAAGGUGCUUAGAUAUUGAUCCCGUAUUUCGAGGUAGUUCAAAUUCACCUAUCUUGGCCCUUUGGCUUUGACCUUUAUUUUGCUCGGUGGAGAAUUAUUGACGCAUAAAAUGCCGAAGAGAAAGUCCCCAGAGGCUCCUGAGGGCAAGGAGGCCCCCAAAGUCACAAAACAGCCCACCAGAAGGUCAGAGAGAUUGUCAGCGAGACCUGCUCCACCCAAGCCUGAGGCCAAGCCCAAGAAAACUGUCGUCAAGGUGGUAGAUGAUAAGGGGGCAAAGGCAAAGAAAGGUGGCGCUAAGGGGAAGAAGGAAGACGGUCCUGCCCAGAAUGGAGACACCAAGGCCAAUGAGAUCUAUGUGUCUCGUCCGUCUGUCAGUGUGUCUUCCAUCAGAAGCACGGCUCCCUCCAUGAUGUCAGUGAGAGGACAGAGUGAGACAGUCAGAGUUAAGGGUAACUGAAGCAGCAGAAGAGGCGACCGAGGAGAAGGCGUAAAGGCACGGGCGCGUCCAUCGACUCGCCCCCUCUGACUCCAUGGCAGCAAAGCAUCUUUUUUUACUGACGAUUUUGUACCAUGCUGAAUUUUUUUUAGACUUGUGAUAGUAGAGAUGGACAACCAGCAGCCCCACCUCCCGUAUCUUCACACUCCUUCCCCCACCUCCUGUUUUUGCUCCAUUCUCCUCCUCCCCCCAGCAUUCUGUAUUGCUAUACUGUAUGCCUCUUAGAAGCAGAAAGGCAGAAUGAAGUGGUUUUAUCAGACAGCUGCAGAUGUUCUUUGUUUUGCCCAAGAGGAGCUGUAAACAAGACUUUUUUUUAAUCUAUAAACCGGCUCUACCUUCAUUCGUAGUUAUGCUUCUCUAUAAUACAUCACUUACUGGCACUUUGCCUGCAAUCGGAUGAUGGUCACACCAUGAUGUAACCCCCUUACGGCUAAGGUGAGCAUAUCAACAGUUUGGUUGCAGAGCCACAAGAAACCAGUUCCACAGUCACCAUGGAGAACAUCUGCAGCUUUUUAAAAAUCUUACUUUUUAGUCACCACCACUGUGUUUCACAUAGCUCCUUUUGUAUGUGUAUACUGGAGUGAAUGUGUUUGUGAGUCUCUGUGCUUGACUUUGUUUCCUCCCCCUUUCCUUUCCUUUCUUUCUUUCUUUUUCUCUCUCCCCUGAACGCCUUGUCCUGCAGCAGAGUGACAUAGCAAUAAUGAGUGGUGCUUCUGUUCUAGACGGCUCUAUUGGCUUUGGACCCUCUGGGCUUCUCUGAGUUUCAUCCUGUUGGGAGAAUAUUUUGAAAUAAAAGAAAAAGUUGAUGUCU